AUGAGCUCUGUGUGUAGGUCUUCUCUGAGCUGCGUGGACGUACGUGAGUCGACGAGAGCCAGCUACAAGAACCUCUACAAGUGGCCGGAGUCCGAUGCCGAGUUCGUGAAGUCGAUGGCGGCGGGAAGAAGAAGAGGGGAGAGAGGUGACCCCAGCGGUCUCAACAGCGGCACCAACCUCGAAGAAAGGAGGCGGCCGAGUGCAGGCCCGAGCGUGGUCGAUAGCUACUCAUGCCGCCAGUUGUACCUGAGAAGCUACGUCUUCACCAAGGAGGAGACGGUCUCAGAGAAGAUGAAGUGGUACUGCUUCAGAAAGGAGAAGAAGACGGCCGCAGUCUUGCCCAUCUUCGCCAGCGGGAGCACCGUGAGCAGUGGCGGCGCCGACGUCCAUACCAAGAGGAAUGGGAAGCAUAAGAAGACGAAGAAGGAUUGUGCGGCUCUAAUGAAGCUAAGAGAUUUCUUGCAUCGCCUCCUCUGCACCGCCGGCGUCGACGUGGUGGAUAGAGAUUGA